AUGGCAGGCGAACUUUGCCGUAUUCGUUGGUUCACUCACCUGGGUGGUCGGCAAGUACAUUGGAUCUCCGGUCAUCCACCACUAAGUGAACCACCUUGUGGAUUCGAUGAUCGAAAAUGUCGCCGAACUCGACGUCGCUAUCUUCGAAUUGGCCUAAGCAUCCUGUGUACGGUUGCCGCUUCCCUGUUGAUUGGAUUGUUCCUAUUGUAUCGCAGCCGUAAAUUUGAAAAGGAACUGGAACGACUCUUAUGGAAGGUUGAAUACCAGGAAAUUGUUCUCUCUGUAGCCCACGGUACAGGCAUUCGUCGUGCUCGUUACCGGAAUCGCUGGCUGUUGGUAAAUCCUUCGGCCACAUCACACACGUUGAGAGAGUUGGGUCGACUUAAGAAGGACGUAUCGUGCACCUUGAGAUUACGUGGAGAUGCUAUCGAAGGACCACAGGCAACAGACGUUUCAGAUCAAUCCAGUCCGCCUUCGCCGUUUGUAAACCUGUUGCUGAAUUCACCAAACAGGCCUGGGUUUUUCUGCAGCCACCGAGAAAGUCAAGCAGAUUUGGAUAAAAUUUCACAACAACUUGCCAUCAAUGCCGCAAAUAUGGCCGUUUUCUCGUCAAAUGCUCAAAGGAGACGGGCUCGAAGGAUGUUAACAUUACCGUCAGAUGAAACAGUCACCCACUUAUCUGGAACAGACCUGGUAACGUUUUCAAACAAUGUGCUGGGUGAUGUUUUUAGUCCCCAUCGUCACUCAGUCGCAUCUGGUUCCCUACAAGUGGAAGAGUUGGAUAGCGAAAAGCAUGUGGAAUCCGCCGAACAUCGGAACACUUCCGGCAGUGCGUUCUUCGGCCUUCCAAAUAAACAAGAAAGACAUCCACUGCUAUUCACCCCGACCGGUUUGCCACCGGAAUGCACAGAGGCUAGACUUGGCAGUGGAAUACGUUCAUGGACUACACCUUCCACUGUGCGCGGAAUGUACAGGAAAAAGCUGGUUGCAGUGCACCGUUUAAACAUCCGAUUGGUACACAUCAACAGAGAGGUGAAAACGUCGCUUAAACUACUGCGUGACAUAUCACAUAGCAAUCUUUGCCAUUUCGUCGGCGCAUGUGUUGAACAGGACCACGUCUGCGUACUUUGGGAUUAUACGCCUCGAGGAAGUCUUCGUGAUAUCUUCCAACCGGAUCGUCCCAAACUAAAGCCGAUCUUUUUAACCAGUUUGACGCUGGAUUUGAUUCGAGGGUUGACGUUCCUGCACGAAUCCGAUCUGCAAUAUCAUGGAAAUUUGAAGUCAACAAACUGUCUAAUCGAUAGUCGAUGGAUGCUUAAACUAACGGACUUUGGACUGACGGCAUUUCGCGUAGGUGAGAGUUUUGCUCAUUUGGACGACAAUGCUUACUUUUCUCGGCUUAUCUGGACGUCACCAGAGUUGUUGAGACGCAUGUUGGCUUUGUUGGUCAGUGGUCAGCUAUGCGCCUUUUCUCAUCCUCAACUGGCUUUGCUCACCGAACAGCUCGUAGCACAAGGAAUCACAUUUACUCUGAACCACUCUAGAAGAACCACUGCUAGUGAGUCUGAAGCAGUGGAGAACGCGAGGAAUUCGGAAAGUUCUACUUUCCUGGGUACCGGAGCAAAUCCAGUUGGCCAUGGAACUAACAAUAGAAACUUCCAGAUCCAGACAGGGUUUACCUCAAAGGACAAAGAACUAAUCACUUGUGGACAAAAGGAAUCUGACCUGACUGCUGUAUCCAGCGAAUCCAGACGCUAUAUACUGUCAAGUAGACUGGCUCGACGAAAGUACCUCAGUCAAUCUGAUCUCCAUCUCCAAACGGAUCACAAGAGUACCAUGGAAACUCAUGAACAAAGAAGAUUCAGCCAAGUGAACAGUUAUCUACCAUAUAUUGGAAGAACUGAAAGUGAUUCAGGCCUGAUUAACGUGUUCAACCAAAACUGCCACUCAGAGUUAUCAGCACUUGCGGAAUGGAAGGAUCGCCGGACAAAAAGGCAGCCAAUUAAGCCAUCAAAGAACGAUUGUAGUGCUUCAAUCGUGGAGAGAAGACCCAAGCUUUCGACAAUACUGAUUCAUCCAGAGGGUGCAAGUUUUGUUGAUCAGUCGGUAAACCACUACCGGAAGCAAGGAGAUCCAUGCGAACAAGUGAGCCCCGGAAGUCACACAGACCUUCAUAUGCUUUUUCACAGACGGAGCAAGGUUCAUCACAAAUCACCUGAUCAGAGACAUCGCCGUCGGCGUAGGGUCAUACACGGAAUUGAUUGGUUCUAUAAGCAAUGUAACUCACAUGGAUGCAGGAGGAGGCCUCUUGGAUUCAUUCCAAGAUUUUCCAAAAAUCCUAGCAGUCCAUUCAGAAAUUCUACGUCUCUUCUGGAGCCUUCCAUGGCUCCACGAAAGUUCUUUACUCACAAACAGAAUGCAGUUCAGUUGCCCGAAGUUCGCGACCCAAUCGGAUCGAUGCAAAUGGCAGAUAUCUACGCUCUUGGGAUGGUUUUGUUCGAGUUGUACUACCAGAACGAUCCGUACAAACACAAUCGCCACAGACCAAAAGAAAUUAUUCGACGUGUGAUCGUGCUCAAUGAUGAAUUCAAGAUACCAUAUCGCCCUAACUUGUCCCAACUGAGUCGAGAAGAGAAAUUUGUCACAGAUUGUAUCGAAGCUUGCUGGGCUGAAAAACCUCUUGACCGACCCACUAUCAAGGUCAGAUUCCUGAAAGUAACCCCAGAACGCCCGGAACCUACUGCCUCACCGAAAUAUCAACAGGAAAGCGGCAAGUCUCCAGGCCAGUCAAUCAUCCAAUCAAUUCAGCAAAAGCUGAUGAGUGUUCAUGCCCGCCACAGAAGCACGACCGAAUGUGAUCAGCGUUCAGGCAUUUCAUAG